AUGAACCGGUUUCGCUUUGGUGACUCCGACGAAUCGGCCUCCGAUCUUGACGACGACACAGCUGGACUCCCCUUCCCUGAACCGUUGUCUCGUGCUUCAUUUCUCGCCCCGGACUUUGACCCUGCACAGUACCUAUCCUCCCUGACCAAUCGACACCAGAGUCUCGAAGACCUCCGGCAAGAAUUCCGCGACUUGGACCAAUUGCUCAGUCGAGAAUUGCUGGAUUUGGUCAACGAGAACUAUCAGGAUUUCUUGUCGCUGGGAGUUGCCUUGCAAGGAGGAGAGGAGAAGGUGGAACAAGUGCGGGUUGGCCUGUUGGCUUUCCAACGAGACGCUCAAAUGAUUCGGGAUAAGGUCGAGGCUCGUCGUCAGGAGGUGGCACGGUUGAUCGACGAGAAGAGGCGACUGAAAGGGAACGCCAAUAUUGCCCGAGCGUUGCUGGAUUUUGCCGACCGUGUCGAAGAGCUGGAGAAGAGACUGAUGAUCGGCGGUCCUCCUCCCACAGACGAGGAUUCGGACGUGCUCGAGAGUGAGGGCGACGAGACUGAUGACGAUGACGAUGACGAUGAUAAUAAUGACAAAGAUAACAGCAAUGUCCAGCGAUCGAACGGUGCAUCGGCAACCCCGCUGGUCUCACUCAAAAGACUCGAGCAUCAUAUCCAGAAAUAUGUCUACCUGACGAGACUAUCGUCGCGAAUCGGCGAGGAGCAUCCAUUUCUACGCGGACAGCAACCGCGGCUGUCGAAGAUCAGGUCUGCGGUGCUCCUGGACCUCAAAACCGCCCUCGAGCAAGCCAGUCACGCAGGGGAGAAACGGGACACCAAAACGCUGGUCAUAUUGCGUCUCUACAAAUUGAUGGGUGAGGACACCAGUGCCGUGGCAGCGCUGAAGAAUUUGAAAUCUUAA